AUGUUGUCUACACUGCUGGCCUGCGCGCUCGCGGGCCUAGCGAGCGUCACCGCAAUCCCAACGAUAUCCGUAAAAGGCACCAAAUUCUUCACCAGCGACGGCGAACAAUUCUUCGUCCGCGGAAUCGCGUAUCAACUUGUCCCAGACGAUCCGCUGGUCGACAACAAGCAAUGCGAGCUCGACGCCAAGCUCAUGAAGACGGUCGGCGCAAACUCCAUCCGCGUCUACCAUGUCGAGCCCGACGCGGACCACGAUGCGUGUAUGAAGACGUUUGCCGAUGCCGGAAUUUAUGUCUGGUUGGAUCUUGAUACGUUCAAUACCCAGAUUGAACAAGACCACCCUAGAUGGAACCAGACGCAGGUUGAGGCCUUCCAGAAAGUUAUGGACGCGUUCCACGAAUACGACAAUCUUGCGGGCUUGUUUGUAGGGAACGAAGUAAUAACGAAAGAGAAUGGUACUGUUGCUGCCCCGUACAUCAAAGCUGCCGGCAGGGACAUGAAGGCCUACCGCGACUCCAAGGCGUAUCGCAACAUCCCCAUUGGAUACUCGGCGGCCGACAUCGCCUACAACCGGCCCAUGCUGCAAAACUACCUGGCCUGCGGGGACAACUCGUCCGAGGCUCUCGAUUUCUUCGCCCUCAACACCUACUCCUGGUGCGGAGACUCGUCUUACCAACAGUCUGGCUACAAGGAACGCGUCAGGGAGGCCCAGGAACUCAACAUUCCCAUUUUCAUUUCGGAGACCGGCUGUAGGGAGCCACGACCGCGUACCUUCGAGGACCAGGCAGCUAUCUUUGGGGAAAUGGCGUCCGUGUAUUCCGGCGCAAUUGUAUACGAAUGGAUCGAAGAAGCGAACAACUACGGCCUCAUCUCGUACGGCCCCAAAGUGGAGCCCGAUGAAGAGCAUCCCGACGGCUUCACCCGCUCCGGCACGCCCACGCCCGUGACACCUGACUUCGCCAAUCUCAGCAACCAGUGGAAGACGCUCACCCCGUCCGGCGUCAAGGAGAAGGACUAUUCCCCUACACUGACGCCUCCCGCGUGCCCGACCUAUAUGUCGAACUCGGCAUCCCAGUGGCAGGUGAGCGGCAAUGUCCCCCUGCCCACUAUUGGCCAGAUAUACGAGGCGGAAGCCACCAAAAGGCCCGGAGAAGGGGCGCAGGUGACCAAUACCCAGCCUACGAACGCCAGCCCAACGAAAGGCGCUGCGCCAGAGAGCCUUCUGAAGGAGAUCAAGGAGCACGCAACCACGGGCAGAGCAGGCUGCCAAUCCGCACCCUGCAAAAUCAAAAUCCAAAAGGGCGAACUCCGCCUCGGCGUGGAAUGGUACAACGGAGCCGCCGACCAAUUCUGGACGGGAUGGCGGCACUGGCGCUGCGUGACGCCCGCCCAACUGCAGGCCAUGAAGGACAUCUGGGCCGUGGACGAGAUCCCUGGUUUCAAGCAACUCAACGCCGUCAGCCAGAAGCAUGUCCGGGAUGCGUUCCGCGAGGGGGAAGUCGUGGAUAAGACGUUUGAGGGUUUCCCGAGGGAGGGGGAGGUCGUCGAGUCGGCGGUUGCGGAGAAGACGGAGGCGAAGCAGAAGGCGAAGACGAUUGCGGCGUAUAAGAUUGAUGUUGCGGUGCGCGUUGCGAAGUGCCGUCAUAGCAUGUGUGGGGAGGGAAAGAAGGAUAUCGUCAAGGGGAUGCUGAGGUUUGGGAUUGUGUAUGAGGAGACGAGUAACUGGGAGUAUUAUCACUGGCAGUGUGCUACUCAGGCGGAUAUCCGGCGGAUGAAGGAAUAUCAUGAGGCUUAG